AUGGCGCUCUGCUUAUGUAAUGACUCUUCCGACCCUGGCCCGAUUUUCCUGAGCCCCAUCGCAGCACCGCUCAACACAACACCAGCGACACCAGCUGUACCCCCACUUAUACGACGCGGAAGGGAACCCGAAAGAGAAAAUACUACCGGCGGAGGCGGGAUGGAAGAAACCGAGGGCGGUGCGGAGAGAGCUGUUAGGGAGGCCUGGCGGAGAGACGAGUAUGUGCACAUUUGCAGAGACCUGUUGGAGACCUGGCAUACUGUCAAUUCGGCUCCCAAAGCUUCAAGGGGUAUUUUUGAAGUGGCUAGACAUGCUAACGAGGGCCCAGAAAAUAACAUCAAAAUCUACCCCCCCAAACCCGCCAUCAAGAAGACCUGCCCCGACCCCGUCUCCACCGUAACACGCUCCCAGAUUACCCUGCUCGACCCUACCGGCGCCCGCACCCGCCUCUUCGCAAAAGACAACCCCGAAUGCGCACGCGUUGGCGACAUUCUGCUCGUGCGCCUACGCACCGGCGACCCUUUCGCCGGCGUCUGCAUAAAUAUCCGGCGACGCGGUGUCGACACGGCGAUUCUCCUGCGCGGCCAACUCACCCGUGUCGGCGUCGAGAUGUGGUAUAAGAUAUACAGUCCGCUGGUAGAGGGGAUAGAGGUUGUGCAGCGCGCGGCCAAGAGGGCAAGGAGAGCGCGGCUGACAUACAUGAGGAAGGUGAAGCAUGAUCGGGGAAGUGUGGAGAAUGUGGUCAGGAUGUACUUGAGGCAGAAGGCGGCGUUGGGGACGACGGAGGUGGGCGGGAAGAAGAGGGGUAAUGCGGCAGCAGCGGCGGCGGUGGGCGGGAAGAAGGGGGUGUGCAAAUUAGCUCAUCGCGUCGAAGUCCUCCGGGGACAUGACAUGUAG